AUUUUUGACACUUCGCUAGUCUGUGUAUAAAGUGUCUGUAGUUCUCGUCAAGAGUUUCUCGCUGUAGGGAGUUUUUGGCGUUAGUAAUAGGAUAUGUAUUUCGAAUAAAUCAUCAGGAUCCGUUCUGAAACAUAACCACAUUCAAAAUCCUACGUAUUGCCGAAAAUGCCUUUGUCUCCUAGAAGAAAAACUCACGCGGGAAAACGCAGAGAUCGGGAAAGAAAUCGAUCAGUCGGCAGGGAACGAAGGCGUUCAGUUGAACGGGAAAAAAGUAGGGAGCGAAGCCGAGAACGUCGUGAGCGAGAAAGAGAGCGAGAUUUGCGACCACGUGACUACAGACGGAGAUCCAGAUCUAGGUCGCGUUCGUAUGAUAGAGCACGUGAUAAAUCUCCUCAUGCAUCAUCGUCUAGAAGAGUACAAGCAAAACCAGUAGUUUCUGAAGCCGAGCUAGAGGGGAAAACGCCAGAUGAACAAGAAAUGUUGAAAACAAUGGGUUUUUGUGGGUUCGACUCAACUAAAGGUAAGAAAGUAGAUGGCAAUAACGUCGGUGAAGUGCACGUGAUUUUGAAAAGAAAGUACAGACAGUACAUGAACCGAAAAGGUGGUUUUAACAGACCCCUGGACUUUGUCGCCUGAUCUAGUAUCGACGUUUUCUACUAAUAGCCAAAGAUGGGCAGCUUAUGUUUUUCUAAAACUAACACACAGAGCCACACCAUCAGGCUUCAUGUUUAUUAUAUUCUUUUAAAAGUUACGUUAAUUUUCUCUAACAUUUUCUGUUCACUCCUGUAAAUUGUUACAUAAUUAAUGGGUAUAUUCAAAGUGAUCCUACGCAUACAAUCAAUCCUCCACAAAGUACAAUAGUCGCAACAUAAUACAACAAACGGGUUCCACAUAAA